GUUCCCCUUCUCCCUCCACAACCGCCGCCGCCCCCAACCCUCGCGCACCCGCCCUCAAGACCUCCUACACCGCCGCCGUUCCGCAGCCCCACCGCCGCCGUCGACAUGGGUAAGGUGCACGGAUCGCUGGCCCGUGCCGGGAAGGUGCGCGGGCAGACGCCCAAGGUGGCGAAGCAGGACAAGAAGAAGCAGCCCCGCGGCCGCGCACACAAGAGGAUCCAGUACAACCGCCGCUUCGUCACCGCCGUCGUCGGCUUCGGCAAGAAGCGCGGCCCCAACUCCUCCGAGAAGUAGGCGCGCCGAGAAAUAAAAAAGGCUCUUCCCCUGCGCUGGUUUCCUCUCUCGUUUGAUGUUGGAAGAGACGUUACUUACGUUCAUACUCAAUUGUUAAAGUAUGCAUCUUUUGCUUAGCUGAAGGAUCUGGGAUAUUUGUGUUAUGAGUAUGAUGCAUGUUUGGCUUAGUUGAAGAAUAUCAGAUAUUGUGGCAUGAGUGAGUUCUUUGCUUAA